GCCACUGGAUCUUCGGGUUUUUGACAUUUUUGUACUGGUAAAUAUUCAUUUAGCGCAGUUGGUAACCCAUGCUAUCUUAUCUUAAGUGUAAGUAUUAUCAUGUCUGAUAUGUGGACAAGUUUUAUGUGAAAAUCUAAUUAAUAGUAAUACUGUACGACGCCUUUUUUUACCAGUCUAAAGAGAAAAAGAAUGGUAUUUUAGGAGCUGACUUAAUGAUGGUUUCCAAGUUCAAAUAUCUUUGGGGGAAAAGUUUUAUUGGUCAUUUGUACCAAGACUUUCUCACAACAAAAGAGCCCUGAGAAGAAUUUUGAUGCCAACCUAAAAUUUUCUGAUUAUUCAAAGCAAUAUAAUGAGUUAUCAACUUAUCAGUAUAGCUGAAGAUUACUUUUCUGGCUAAUUAAGCAUCUAUUUAUGUGAUUGUCCACAUAGAGAUUGAUGACAUCAUCAACUUUCUGUGUCACAUACAGGUGCUGUCACUGCUUGAGGGGGAGUUUUUGUAGUUAUAAAUAGCUUCCAUUUAGUAGUAUUUAUAGCUGGUUUCCUUAAAUAUUUUAGUCAGAUUUAAACUGAAGGAAAGACAUAACAGUCACACAAUGAGUACCAAGACUCGUCCUGGUAUGGGAGCUGGAAGGUCUACCAGUAUCCCUCUGGUGACAGAAGAAGCACGGCGUGUGCUGGAGCAUAUGCUGCAACGCAACCUGCGCACAAGUGCUCCACCAACACCAAUGAAACAGAAAAUAAUUGAAGUUGAAGUCCGUGAAGAAGAGAGACAGCAGUGGAAAAGGCAAAGUUACUGUUUAGCCUCAGAGGAUCAGGUUAUUGAUGAUAUUGAAAAUGGAACUUACAAAUAUCGCCCUCCUGUACGCAAAGCACACACUGUGUCAUCUUCAGAUUUUAAUGCCAACUUAAGGGAAAAGAUAAGAAAUUCUCGGGGUUCUAGCAUUGAGAUGGACUUGGAUGUAUUAGAAAAUGACCACACAAGCAUGCAAAGGUUAACAGCAACAUCAACACACGAACAGAAAAGCACAUCUCCCUCACCAAGGAAAGACACUGAUUUUGAAUCGAGCAGUGAGACAUCUGAUGCUACUUCUGUUGCCAGCAAAAAGAAAAAGAAAAGUCCCUUUAAACGAGCUACAGAAAGAUUACGAGAAACAUUUCGAAGAAAAAAGAAGGAUAAUUUCAAAAACAAAGAGCUUUCUAAAUCAGCAGAAAUUUCACGUGUUGAAUUAAAUGCCGAGAGAAUAGAAAAGAACAAAGCAAAAAAAGAGAAGAAAAAUAAGCCAAAGAAAAGUUCAAGAUGGAGCCUGAGAAAACGGGACAGCGUAGACAGCGUGAAGUCAAGUCAAGCUGUAGACUUGGGUUCGACCCUGGAUAGCUUAAAAUCACGCUCCACCUUAAGCUCUUUUGAAUUAUUAGACAAGGAUGACAUCUUAUCAGAAAAACACACUCACACAAAAACACAUUAUCACCAAGAAUUGACACCGUCAAGUCAGUCCCAGCUAACCAACAAGUCUGGUAGUUUGAGCAGUGGAGUCAUUCUACGCACUGAGAAUACCCAGCAAGUUACUGAUGUCAAUGAUAUGGAACAUGGCACCAAGAUGCAUAAAGAAAAGACUAGCAAAGUGAAAGAAAGUAGUGGAGCCUUUGACAAUGUCUUAAAGCAGAUGAAAAAAAGUAGUUCAUCACUGAAGAGAAAAUUUUCCAAAUCUGAAAAAAGGAAAAAAUCAAGUAGUGGCACUACUCCUCAGACUCCGUCCAACAGUGCUGCUGUUGCUGUAUUCCAUAACUUACCAUACGUGGCAUCCAAUGUAGAAGUUGAUGGAAGUGACAAACGCAAAGUGACCAGGGUGUUUCAGCAAGUGCUUGAGCGCCAGGACAGUCUAGAUGAUGUGGACGGACUGACCAUGUCUCAGAUGGGCAUUGAUUCCUCUCAGGGGUCAACAAUGCCUGUCUCUCCAAUGGGCCCUCCUGCAGAUCGCAGUCAACUUCAGCUUCACGGUCUGUCGUGUCACAGGCCCUGUUCUCAGUAUGAAAACUGUGAGGUUGAAAUUGAUUGUGAUACUACAGAGAGAAAAGUCCGCCACCCUGAUGGAACAGUGGAGAAUAUUGUCAGUCACAAAUGUCAGCGUCAUCAUCUUACCUUGCAGAGUAGUGUUGUCGAAGAUGGCUUGGUAACUCCAGGAAUUUCUGAUGAUGGAACUGCUCACCAUGACCGAACGCAUGAGCAGAAAGAAGAAAUGUAUGAAAAAAUUGCACAAAAGCUUGCAGCCAUUGCAGACAGCUUUGUGGAAUCAGAAAGUACUCAGUCUGAUAAAGAGUCUCCAAGGGAUAGAGUGGAUUCAGGAUUUGGUGGAUCUGGUGAAGGUGCUACAGCUGCUGCUCCCCACAGCCAUGAACCAUCCUCACUGGAACUUCACCUGGGCCAGUGCUUAAAGUGUCAUGGAGACAGAAUCAAUGCUCAAAUGUCUUAUGCCACUACACAGGCCUUCUCUUCCACUGUAGCAGCAAUAAUCCAUCAUGCUUCCUAUAAUUCAUUCAAACAGACUCUGACAGGGUACAUAGGUUCUAAGCCAGAGGUUCAGCAAAUUGCUCUUCUGUUUCAAAUCACAAAAGCUGCAGUGAAUGCUGUUGGAGCUGGUGGAGCAAUGGCUCUUCAGAUUAAGGAGAUGUCUUUGGCAUACUUUACGGACAAAUUUGCAGGUUGGCUUGUGGACAAAGGAGGAUGGGACUCUGUAAUGGAAGAAACAGAUUCAGAGUUAGACUGAGCAAAGGAGAUGCUUUUUAUGGUUCCUUAGUCAAAGCCUGAGUCAAGGCAGACCACAGAUUGUUGAAGGCCUAGUUGUCCCAAUAAGCCUGAUGAAGAGCAUUAUACGUGAUAUCAGUCAGUAUUAGGAAAGAUGUAAAAGGAGUUUUUUAUGAAAGGCAAACUGAAAGUAAAGUACUGAAAAGAGCUCUUCAAGUUAAACAA